AUGAAAGUGAGUAACAAUGCUUCUAACUCAAAUAACUUCAAACUUAGAAUUUUCUUAAAAUCCCAAUCCAAGGGUGAGUCAUCAUCUUUAUAUACAAUUUUAAAAUCUUAAAAGUUUGUCUUUGGUGAUGAUGAGAAAAAUCAUAAAACCUCAAAACCAUUAAUUCUUUAUGAUGAUACAUCAGAAAGGUAAAAGUCAACUACAACUUCAUCAUGCUCAUCAAACUUAAAGAAAUUAACGAAAAGAAUAACACAGUUAACUGAUUCAGAAAUAAAUGUCUAAACCCCAUACAAUUUUUACUAAAUUAUUGAUAAUUAUUAUGACUAAUAUAUAAAUAUACAUUUUCAGAAAAAGGAAUGUUUUUCGUAAGAAAAAACUACAAAAAAAAUAGAAAGAUUAUACACAGAGCAAAGUGAAUUAAAAACAAAUAAAUAAAAACAAUUAAAAUAAUAUUUAACUUAAGCCUAAAAUUUUAAUAAAUCGGAAAAUACAAGUGUGAAACAAAAACUAAUCAGAUAUUGCAAAAAAAAUAUAAAAAAUACUCAAACAAAUUGA